UCUCAGAGGUCAAAACUAAACCCCGUCAUGGUUGUCGGUCUGUGCAUAGUUAAUAUUAUGUGGAUUAGAUCGGAUAUUUUUCCGGUCACUAUGACAUUCGAUGGAGAAGGAAAAGUAAAUGUCCAGUUUUUCAAGAUCAAUUUCACUUUGAACCACAGAGACCUCAAUUUAACUGUUAAAGAUGUGGACUGUAUAUACUGGGUGGCAUUCGGCUUUAGCAUGACCAAACAGGAAUGGGACAAUAGAGCGGGACAGCGUAAAGGUUACGUAGAUUGUCUAAGUUGGCAUGGACAGAGAGGACGAAAUUACUUUUGAGUGUGACUGCGCAAAACACUAGAGGAGCUGCAGUGAAAAUGUCAAAAUCACACUUCAUACUCAUUGCGUAACAGCAAAACAGCUUCAAUUUGGCUCAUUCAAAUGCUCCGCUUGGAAGUUUCUAAAAUCAAUACGCUUCAUUUUCUCAAUACUCAG